GGUCUGUUUCUGCUUCCAAUUUUGAGGUCCUUGUUAUUCUCUAAAACAAAUAUGGAAUGAAACCUAAUAAUUGGAUUCAUAAUUACAUAACAAGGAUUUGUAGGGAUUGUCAUCAUUUGGUCCAAGUCUCAUUUUAAAAUUUCUGACAUUACAACAGUAAGUGUGAUAAAUUCUACGUGUAAUAAAAAUAUAUAAACAUAUAAAGUAAUAAAAUAUAAUAAAGUGAUAAAAGUGAAUUUUUUUAAUAGUCUUGCUAUAUUGCCUGGGCAGGACUUCAACUCCUGGGCUGAAGCAACCCACAUGCCUCAGCCUCCCAUGUAGCUGGUACUAGAGGCAUGAGCCACUGCACCUAGCUAGGAAUUAUUUUUUUAUUUUUAGAGACAGACUCUUGUUCUGUUGCCCAGGCUGCAGUGCAGUGGAGUGAUCAUAGUUCACUGCAGCCUCAAACUCCUGGGCUCAGGUGAUCCUCCUGCCUUGGACUCCCAAAGUGCUGGGAUUACAGAUGUGAGCCGCCAUCCAUGCCUGGCCCAGCUAAGAAUUUCAAUUAGAUAAUAAAUAUGGUAGAUUUUACAACCUCUUAUCACUUACCUGUUGUGCUGAAUAAUUAAGGCGAAUCGAUUAAAUAAAAGGGGGCCUACACCAUGACUACACAACACAUCCACAGCAGUACAAGAUUAAAGUUUGUACUGACUUUCACUGAAUGAUAUUACUUCUAUUACUACAAUUUAUCAAAUACCACCAUACCAUGUUUUAUUUAUAUCUAAUCCUUCCAAAAUCCUAGCAAAAAUAGGUAUUACUUCCAUUUUACAGUCGAGGAAACAGAGGGCAAAGAGGAAUUUGACAAAGAUGACAGACUUUAUAUGUUUAUGUUUACAUGUUUAGUGCUUUAUAUAGUUUCCAUCAUUACAUAAACACCAUGAGGUGGAAUACAGAAAGGCUUAGUAAUUAUCGCAAGAUCACACAGCUCACAAAUAAGAAUAGCUAGGAUUCAAGCCCAUGAUGUCUGACUCCAGGAGGCCUGGUGCCCUUACAAGCUGUACUUUAUAUAAAACAUCUUAGUAGAGUGCCAAGGAUUUGAACCUGACCCAAAUCUGUCUGGCUCCAAAGACUGAGAACUGUUCAUGUCUCCUCUUCGUACGGCAGUUAAAAUGUGGGAAGCAGACCAAAUAAUCUCAAAGGUUCUUUCUGUUCAAAAUUGCUAUGUCUCCAUGGAUUUUAUUAUAAGGUUUUGAUAUGUAAGAAAAAGUUGGUGGGCGGGGGGUGGGGACAGAAACCAAGUUUUUGGGAUGCAUAACAAAAAUAACUUAUAGUUACAGCUAACUAUAUGUCCAAAUUUAAGAACACAACAACCCCGUGAUAACUAUUAUUGCUCCCAUUUUAAAGGUGAGUUAACUGAAGCAUGUUAAGUAAGCCACCUAAGUGGCAGGAAAACUAGCAAAAGCACAUACAAUUUACAUGUAAUGUAAACCUGGGCCUUUCGCCUUGCCUCUGACUUAACCAACUUGUUUUGAUAGACAAGGAGGAAUUCCCAUACUCUUUAUGAGUUAGAUUUUUCUAACUUUAGGUUACAACUCCUUAUUCAAUUACACGCUUAUCCAAUAACAUAUUUGAACUGUGCUUAUACUUCCACAUGCCUGACAUAAGGUAAACUCAGGGAUCAGAAGCAAACUUAAAAAGACACAAAAGGGUAUAAAAGACCUGAUAAGUUAUCAGCAACACAGUUCCACCUUUUCUUACACUGUCUCUUUACUGAACAAAAGUUAACGGGGACAUCGCUUCUGAGGGAAAGAAACAAAAGCUGCUUCAGAUCAAACAAGAAGCAAAACUUACACACAGUACCAAUUUAUGGCUAGGAGUGGCAGGGUAGAACAGCGUCGGCUUAAAUCAGACCUAUUAAAAAUAAGCAGAAAGUGAUACCGUGGACAGCCUGCCAAAUGACGUCACAACUAAAAAUCGAUUUCUUAAAAAAAAAAAAACACCUGACAUUUUACUCCACAAGAGAUCAUCCUGCUGCCUGAUGAAUACAAGAACACUUAACACAACCCCUUUGCUUUUAUUAUAAGCGGUUUAAACUGGUGUUCCUUCUCCUAAGUCGUAACGCACCAGUUGUCGGGGUAAUCCAGACAAUAACAGAAGUGAAUACAAAACAAACGAACAAAAUGACGCUUAUUGCCAGGGAACCCGCGCAAAAGCGCCAGACAGAACCCUACCCAGCCUCUCUCGCGAGUCCCAGAAGACAAAGCCGGGUCCCAGCAAGCACUGCGGCCAGGACUACACAUCCCAGCAUGCAAGGCGCACACUUCUCCCAGCGGGACUACGAUUCCCAACAUGCUCUCCGGACAGCUGGCCGGCCUCCCCACCAUCCCGGUGUCUGGGGUCUCUGCAAAAAUGGGGUCUGUCUCCGCCCGCCCAGCCUCCCUUUAGCGUUAAGGAUCGGACACCACCUCCCGGUAGUAAAUUGUGACUAUUCCGAGUUUUGGGAGUCAUUCUUCGUUGCCUGUUUUAUUAGGGCAGCAAAACGCCUGUGGCUAGGGCGGGAGUGGGCGGAGGCAGGUUUGAGCCAAUGGCACGGGAGCGGCCCUGUCGCUGCCAUGGCAACGGCGGCCGUUCUCGGGGGACCGGCUGCCCAUUGGGUGGAAUCUUUCCAGAAGGCUCGAGAAGAAGGAAGCGGAAGUGGCACGUGGAGGGGCCGGUGGAGGCGCCGGUCAGUCAUAUCAUUUGGAUCAAAAAAUAGAACAAUCGGAGUUGCAGCCAAAAAUCAGCAAAUCACUCAUGCAAACAAUACGGUGUCUAACUUCAAAAGAUUUCAUGGCCGAGCAUUCAAUGACCCCUUCAUUCAAAAGGAGAAGGAAAACUUGAGUUACGAUUUGGUUCCAUUGAAAAAUGGUGGAGUUGGAAUAAAGGUAAUGUACAUGGGUGAAGAACAUCUAUUUAGUGUGGAGCAGAUAACAGCCAUGUUGUUGACUAAGCUGAAGGAAACUGCUGAAAACAGCCUCAAGAAACCAGUAACAGAUUGUGUUAUUUCAGUCCCCUCCUUCUUUACAGAUGCUGAGAGGCGAUCUGUAUUAGAUGCUGCACAGAUUGUUGGCCUAAACUGUUUAAGACUUAUGAAUGACAUGACAGCUGUUGCUUUGAAUUACGGAAUUUAUAAGCAGGAUCUCCCAAGCCUGGAUGAGAAACCUCGGAUAGUGGUUUUUGUUGAUAUGGGACAUUCAGCUUUUCAAGUGUCUGCUUGUGCUUUUAACAAGGGAAAAUUGAAGGUACUGGGAACAGCUUUUGAUCCUUUCUUAGGAGGAAAAAACUUCGAUGAAAAGUUAGUGGAACAUUUUUGUGCAGAAUUUAAAACUAAGUACAAGUUGGAUGCAAAAUCCAAAAUACGAGCACUCCUACGUCUGUAUCAGGAAUGUGAAAAACUGAAAAAGCUAAUGAGCUCUAACAGCACAGACCUUCCACUGAAUAUCGAAUGCUUUAUGAAUGAUAAAGAUGUUUCCGGAAAGAUGAACAGGUCACAAUUUGAAGAACUCUGUGCUGAACUUCUGCAAAAGAUAGAAGUACCCCUUUAUUCACUGUUGGAACAAACUCAUCUCAAAGUAGAAGAUGUGAGUGCAGUUGAGAUUGUUGGAGGCGCUACACGAAUUCCAGCUGUGAAGGAAAGAAUUGCCAAAUUCUUUGGAAAAGAUAUUAGCACAACACUCAAUGCAGAUGAAGCAGUAGCCAGAGGAUGUGCAUUACAGUGUGCAAUACUUUCCCCGGCAUUUAAAGUUAGAGAAUUUUCCGUCACAGAUGCAGUUCCUUUUCCAAUAUCUCUGAUCUGGAACCAUGAUUCAGAAGAUACUGAAGGUGUUCAUGAAGUGUUUAGCCGAAACCAUGCUGCUCCUUUCUCCAAAGUUCUCACCUUUCUGAGAAGGGGGCCUUUUGAGCUAGAAGCUUUCUAUUCUGAUCCCCAAGGAGUUCCAUAUCCAGAAGCAAAAAUAGGCCGCUUUGUAGUUCAGAAUGUUUCUGCACAGAAAGAUGGAGAAAAAUCUAGAGUAAAAGUCAAAGUGCGAGUCAACACCCAUGGCAUUUUCACCAUCUCUACGGCAUCUAUGGUGGAGAAAGUCCCAACUGAGGAGAAUGAAAUGUCUUCUGAAGCUGACAUGGAGUGUCUGAAUCAGAGACCACCAGAAAACCCAGACACUGAUAAAAAUGUCCAGCAAGACAACAGUGAAGCUGGAACACAGCCCCAGGUACAAACUGAUGCUCAACAAACCUCACAGUCUCCCCCUUCACCUGAACUUACCUCAGAAGAAAACAAAAUCCCAGAUGCUGACAAAGCAAAUGAAAAAAAAGUUGACCAGCCUCCAGAAGCUAAAAAGCCCAAAAUAAAGGUGGUGAAUGUUGAGCUGCCUAUUGAAGCCAACUUGGUCUGGCAGUUAGGGAAAGACCUUCUUAACAUGUAUAUUGAGACAGAGGGUAAGAUGAUAAUGCAAGAUAAAUUGGAAAAAGAAAGGAAUGAUGCUAAAAAUGCAGUUGAGGAAUAUGUGUAUGAGUUCAGAGACAAGCUGUGUGGACCAUAUGAAAAAUUUAUAUGUGAGCAGGAUCAUCAAAAUUUUUUGAGACUCCUCACAGAAACUGAAGACUGGCUGUAUGAAGAAGGAGAGGACCAAGCUAAACAAGCAUAUGUUGACAAGUUGGAAGAAUUAAUGAAAAUUGGCACUCCAGUUAAAGUUCGGUUUCAGGAAGCCGAAGAACGGCCAAAAAUGUUUGAAGAACUAGGACAGAGGCUGCAGCACUAUGCCAAGAUAGCAGCUGACUUCAGAAAUAAGGAUGAGAAAUACAACCAUAUUGAUGAGUCUGAAAUGAAAAAAGUUGAGAAGUCUGUUAAUGAAGUGAUGGAAUGGAUGAAUAAUGUCAUGAAUGCUCAGGCUAAAAAGAGUCUUGAUCAGGAUCCAGUUGUACGUGCUCAGGAAAUUAAAACAAAAAUCAAGGAAUUGAACAACACAUGUGAACCCGUUGUAACACAACCGAAACCAAAAAUUGAAUCACCCAAACUGGAAAGAACUCCAAAUGGCCCAAAUAUUGAUAAAAAGGAAGAAGAUUUAGAAGACAAAAACAAUUUUGGUGCUGAACCUCCACAUCAGAAUGGUGAAUGUUACCCUAAUGAGAAAAAUUCUGUUAAUAUGGACUUGGACUAGAUAACCUUAAAUUGGCCUAUUCCUUCAAUUAAUAAAAUAUUUUUGCCAUAGUAUGUGACUCUACAUAACAUACUGAAACUAUUUAUAUUUUCUUUUUUAAGGAUGUUUAGAAAUUUUGUGUAUUAUAUGGAAAAAGAAAAAAAGCUAAGUCUGUAGUCUUUAUGAUCCUAAAAGGGAAAAUUGCCUUGGUAACUUUCAGAUUCCUGUGGAAUUGUGAAUUCAUACUAAGCUUUCUGUGCAGUCUCACCAUUUGCAUCACUGAGGAUGAAACUGACUUUUGUCUUUUGGAGAAAAAAAACUGUACUGCUUGUUCAAGAGGGCUGUGAUUAAAAUCUUUAAGCAUUUGUUCCUGCCAAGGUAGUUUUCUUGCAUUUUGCUCUCCAUUCAGCAUGUGUGUGGGUGUGGAUGUUUAUAAACAAGACUAAGUCUGACUUCAUAAGGGCUUUCUAAAACCAUUUCUGUCCAAGAGAAAAUGACUUUUUGCUUUGAUAUUAAAAAUUCAGUGAGUAAAACAAAAGCUAGUCAAAUGUGUUAGCAGCAUGCAGAACAAAAACUUUAAACUUUCUCUCUCACUAUACAGUAUAUUGUCAUGUGAAAGUGUGGAAUGGAAGAAAUGUCGAUCCUGUUGUAACUGAUUGUGAACACUUUUAUGAGCUUUAAAAUAAAGUUCAUCUUAUGGUGUCAUUUCUAAA